AUGUCAGAUCUGGAAAAAGGGAUACUUCUGGUGCAGGUGGAAGAUCAAAUACACAACAGUGGAUACCACCUAACGUUUACAAGGGUCAAAGACGGAAUUUUGACAAGAAUGAAAGCCAUUAAUGAAACAUCUAGUACAGGAUUCAUUCUUAUUGGCUUUUCGGUUUCAAAUGAAACAAGUCUUUGCCUCUUUGUGCUGAUAACCGUUGUUUAUGCCGUGACAAUCACUUCCAACAUUGUUAUUAUUGCCAUCGUGAAAACCGAACAACGUCUUCACAAACCUAUGUACUUUUUUAUCGGCGGACUUGCAUUCCUGGAGAUCUGGUAUCCUUCAGCUACGGUUCCAAGACUGUUGUGGGCUCUGCUCACAAAAGAAAAAUCCAUUUCACAUGGCGCUUGCAUGGCCCAGUUUUACUUCCAUUUUGCAUGCGGUGCAACGGAAAACUUCCUUCUGGCUGUUAUGGCCUAUGACCGAUACGUGGCCAUUUGCCAUCCGUUACGAUAUGUUCUCAUCUUGAGUCCUAGGAUUUGUAUGAAUUUAUUAGUGGGGUCUUGGUUGUUUGGCUUCAUUGUGAUUAUUAUCCCAUGUUUACAGAUCUCGAACCUUUUGUACUGCGGUCAUAACGAGAUUGAUCACUAUUACUGUGACUUUGCCCCCUUACUAAAGUUAUCAUGUUCUGAGAUAUCUGCCACAGAAAAUGCCUUUUUUGGAAUAGCUUGUUUUGUCAUUUUUGGCUGCUUCUUACCAAUUAUAUUAUCGUAUAUAUUUAUUAUCCGGACUAUAUUAACAUUUCCGGCUUCUGGGAGACGGAGGGCAUUUUCUACCUGUGCGUCACAUUUAAUUGUUGUUUUUAUUUUUUAUAGCACUAUUAUCUUCAUGUUUAUAAGACCCACAACUGGGGAUUUUUUACAUGUGAACAAGGUCAUUUCUAUAUUUCCAUCCAUAGUGACACCUCUCCUAAACCCUAUCAUUUACACCCUAAGGAACCAAGAAGUGAAAUCUGUUGUGAAAAAGACAAUUCAAGGAAUAACUUUUUGGAAAUCAGAAGAAGGAAAUGUAUGCUCCAAAUUUUAA